GUUUCCACUCCGCUGGCUGAUGAGUCUACUUGCAGGGCUGGAAUACUGCACUGCAGUUGCCGGCCAGAGUGACUGCGAGGCGGCAGGCCUCAAGUGCCACCCUCAGGCUGAGUGUCUGAAAGUUCGAAACAUCUUCACCUGUGUGUGCCGCAUGGGCUACGAGGGUGAUGGUCUGCUGUGUGAAGACAUCAAUGAAUGUCUCAGUGGCCUUCAAGGCUGUCACUCACAGGCCAACUGCAUCAACAACCUGGGCAGCUACAGCUGCGUCUGCAUCGCUGGGUAUGUCGGAGAUGGCACCAACUGUCAGGAUGUCGACGAGUGCCAAAAAGACAACGGGGGUUGCAGUGCCAAUGCCCUGUGUACUAACGUUGCGGGUGGGCGCCAGUGUCAGUGUAAAGCCGGCUUCACCGGCAACGGCUUACAGUGUGAAGACGUUAACGAAUGCAGUAACCAAAGGAUCUGCCAUUGGAACGCAACCUGCACCAACAACCCUGGGUCCUACGUGUGUACCUGUAAUGCUGGCUAUAAGGGCAACGGAAACUACCUGUGUCUUGACAUAGAUGAAUGUACAGAGACUCCUCGUGUGUGUUCCACGUCACUGGGCUACAAAGGCUGUAUCAAUCUGCCCGGCAACUACCGCUGCACGUGCAACACUGGCUUUGAAAAUAACGGGCAGAGCUGUGUGGACAUCAAUGAAUGUGCAAGCAACAUCUGCAGUUCAUACGCGGACUGCGUUAACACCAUGGGGUCCUACCAGUGUACCUGCAGGAGUGGUUUCGAGGGAAAUGGAUUGAAGUGCAUGGACAAAAAUGAAUGCAGUGAAAAAAAUCAAUGCGACCCCAGGGCGGCUUGUAUCAACAGGCUGGGGAGUUACGAGUGCUACUGUUUGGGAGGUUUUACAGGAGACGGUCGACUGUGUGAAGACAUUGAUGAGUGCGCAACGCCCAACAUCUGCCCUUCUACCAGUACCUGCGUCAACAGUGCUGGGUCAUAUUACUGCGACUGCGGCAGAGGCUUCAUCUUGAACAACUCCAAGUGCCAUGACCAGGAUGAGUGCGCGGAAGGCCGCUGCAGCCCGUACGCAACCUGCACAAAUUCACCUGGCUCCUUCUCUUGUCGGUGUACUGCAGGGUUCACGGGAGAUGGCGUCACUUGUGUGGAUGUGGACGAGUGCUCGCUGGCUAAGCAGUGCCACUCCAAUGCCCUUUGUGUCAACCUCCCUGGCUCCUACAAUUGCACCUGUCAGGUGGGUUAUUCUGGAGACGGGGUGAUCCGGUGCAGCGAUGUGAACGAGUGUCUGGCGGAUAAUGGAGGUUGCAGAAACAAAGCGACAUGUGUCAACAACCAGGGUUCCUUUUCUUGCCUUUGCCAGCCUGGCUUCAUCUUGGUAAAUCGGACUCUUUGUCAAGAUAUAAAUGAGUGUAAGGAAUCAAACAAUCCAUGUAGAGUGAAUGAAAACUGCGUGAACACGGACGGGUCGUACGAGUGCUCCUGCCAAGGCGGUUACUACCGCCCUGCCAGCAACAUGGUCUGCAUUGACAUAGACGAGUGUCAAGACAACCCGUGCCAUGUCAAUGCCACAUGCCUCAACACCAUUGGCUCCCACACGUGCACCUGUAAGCGAGGUUUUUUAGGAAAUGGCAUCCAGUGUAGAGAUAUAGAUGAGUGUUCUGUGGACAAUACAUGCCACCCACGGGCACUGUGCACCAACAUCAUGGGGGACUUUUUUUGCGCAUGUCAGCAGGGUUUCAAAGGGGAUGGCUUCUCCUGUCAGGAUAUCGACGAGUGCACCCUCGCUAACAACGUUUGCCCACCCUUCUCAAAGUGUAUCAACUCCCCUGGUGCUCAUGUCUGUUCAUGUUUGAAUGGCACAGUGGCCUUUAAUGGCACCUGUGUGCAACCCAGUCCGCUGUGUAAGCCUGCCUGCCACUUUCACGGCCUGUGCCACCAAUCGCCUGCUGGAUACCAGUGCGUGUGUGACCUGGGUUACGUGGGUGACGGGCUGGCUUGCUCUGAUAUAGAUGAGUGCCAGAGGGCAAACAUUUGUUCUCAAAAGGAAACGGAGUGUAUGAAUAUCCCAGGAUCGUUUUCCUGUGUCUGCAGAAAAGGCUACACACUCAAUGGAACACAGUGCGUUGAUGUGGACGAGUGUAAGAUGGGGCAGCAUGACUGCAGUGAGUUUGCCCAGUGUGUCAACACAAAGGGCAACUAUUCCUGCUCCUGUCUCAGCGGCUUCACAGGCAAUGGGAAGAACUGCUCUGACUUUGAUGAGUGCCAAAUCCAAAAUGGAGGCUGCCAUCCAGUUGCCAGCUGCACUAACACACCUGGAUCUUUCCACUGUUCCUGCCCACCUGGCACGGUGGGCAAUGGCUUUGCCUGCCAGGAUGUGAAUGAAUGCGAGCAGAACUCCACCCUGCUACACAACUGCAGCGCCCAGGCUUUGUGCCGCAACACAAACGGGUCCUACAUCUGCCGGUGCCAGAAGGGAUACCAGGGUGAUGGCUUUGUUUGUGAGGAUGUGGAUGAGUGCCAGCUGGCCUCAACCUGUGGCAGGAACACGACAUGCAACAACACCCCUGGUUCCUACACGUGUUUGUGUAUCUUGGGCCUGGUAUACGACGGGGGCACAUGUGUGAGUGAAGACACAUGCCGAAAUGCUAGUGGCAUUUGCCACCCAUUUGCAAAGUGCCACCCAUACCAGGGUUCCUUCUACUGCCGGUGUAAAGAUGGUUAUAAAGGAAGUGGCACCAAAUGCGUGGAUGUGGAUGAAUGCAACCAAUCACAAGAUCGAGUCUGCCCGGCCUUCUCGUACUGCUUCAACACGAAUGGCUCCUACAUCUGUAACUGCUGGGAAGGGUUUCAGGACAAUGGGACACAUUGUCAGGACAUGGACGAAUGUGUGACGGCAACCGCUCCCGGUGUUUGGAUGUAG